GCGCGCACUUGUGAAUUUCAUGAAUUUGUUUUGUUGUUCUUUGUCAUAUAUGAUUUCAUGAUCUUUUGUCGGUUAUUCGACAUGAGUACUCCAAAAGCAAGGGAUAUUCCAGAUGAGGACUCUCUUUCGUUGUAUGCUGUCUUUAAUGUCUGGGAAGCCCCGAGAAAAUUGAGUCGUUCAUCUAGGUAAGCUUUAAUUUAGACUGGCCCGCUGCACCGGCGGGGCUUCGUUAUUUUCGUCAGUUGCAGGGAAGCAAAACUGCUAACAAAUGUACGCCUUUACCUUCAUCAACUUUAUCAGCUUCAUAACUGCAUAAGAAGCUGUUGCAUCACUUUAAUGAGUGGUCGGGGCAGACUCCAGGAAAAUUCGGGUGGGGGUUUGCAGCGGUCCCGGUUUAGAAGCCGUAUUUCACAUAAGCCGAGUCGAGCUCACGUGAAGUACGGCGUGUGAAUCAAUUCGAAAUGGAUAAUUGAAUUUGGAUCGGCUCAGUCUUUCUUUCCUCCUGGCUCAGCGGGGAAUGACGGCUUACUUUGGACUGGCGUUGAUUCAGACGCCGAACUUCAAAAUGAACCAAACCUCAUGCAUGUUGAUUUUUACCCAAUUCCGGACCCUGCUUCUAGAAAGCACAAACCCUCACCCGAUUUUAGGCCCAAAUGGUUAAAAUUUAUACCUAAUUUCAAUCCAGUAAACACAUGCCCUUGGGCAUUCCUCAUACUGUAUUUUGGGGAGGGUGGAGGGGGGGACGGAAGGCUCUGCCCAAAGGGGGUACCUUUUUCAAGCAUCAGGUAUUUGAAAGGGUAGGGAAAUCUGUUAUAUUGGUCAUAAAAAAGGCCUCAAAGGUCUAACAGAUGCAUUUUAUGGCUGUGAAAAAGUCGUGGUAAAUGUUCCAGUUUUGUGAUAGCCUGCGAGCAAGCUGUCCUAUUUGGGCGAGUGAAAUGAGUCUCGCAAAAACGCGUGAGUGAGCGGUGAAGACCCUCGCUCACGUGUUCCCACAAGGCUCGCAGGCUAGUUUUGUGAUUUAUUCAUAAUUUAAUUUUACAGCAGUUAAAAGGGAUGCAAAGGUCUGAACUAGUUAUGUGAAAGGGGUACCAUUUCUAGUUCCCAGUAGGAAGGUAUACCUAAGGGGUUCCUUUUCCGUCUAAAAUGGUAUAGAAAAGGGUAAGGGGUUGGACCUAGGGGCAGAGGUUUGCAGUGUAAAACUUUAUUGAGUACCCCUCCCCUGGGACCUGUAAAGCUUACAGAAGUAAGCUCCUCAUGCAACUCACAUGCAACACUUCUCUUGCACCAUCAGCAAAUUUCUUAAUGAGCAUAAUGUUCCCAUCUAGACUUACAACAGUAUUUUUUUUGUACUUACACCUCCUUGUAGGCUUAUUACAUGAUUUUAAGGUUUAUUGUUUAGUUUGUCUAUAAACCACCAUUUCUACAUUUAAUUUCUGGUAGUUUGAAAAUUGCAAAGGUCUAGCCAUUUACAGAGCAGAAGCAGUACCUUGCUCCUCAAUUAUUUUAACCCAUUUACCCCUAGAAAUUUCUCUCUCGUUUGAAGCACAGAGGCCUUUCCUGUGAAACGCCUGUAGUGGUGUGAAGGGAAGAGAGAGGGCUGUAUUCGCAGGCUGCACUUAAACAUCAUGUUUGUGGUUGCCAUUGGCUCACAUUCCAUCACUAGUGAUAGAUAGUGAAUAAUAAAUUGCACCCCACUUCCUAACAAACAAAGUGGAUUAUCUGAUUAUGUACUCUCAUCCUUUUUCUAUUUUUUUCCUUCAUUUCAGUGAUAAGGGAGAUUUUAAGAAACACUUCCACUGUCAUUUCCAGCUUCCAAUGCCCAAACAAAUUGUAAUAUUUAGUUAUGGAAAAUGGGAACCACGCUUCAAAGGACAAGAAAUCAUAGCUGAGGUGACUGUUGACCCAGAACUUCCACCUCAGAAAAUAGGAACAAUAACAAGUGAAAGCAAAGUUAUCUGUUGGGAUGGAGGUUGGAACACCAAGUUUUUGAAGAGGAGUGAAGAACUUUCUGAGCAGGUAAUGCUGCAGCUGGUAAAAUCUGUUCUCAGGUUAACCAGUAUUCUACCUAGAUUGAUUCAGAAUUUCCUUUGUUCCCUAGUCCUUAUUAUAAUUCAUUCUAGACAAGAAAAUAUUUGUUUUAUUGUGAAAAUGGAAUUUAAGUGGUCAACACAUUGGACUAGCAAUCUGGCCAUCCUGUGUACUAGCCCUGCUCUGGCCACUUGCUGGAUUUGUUCUCGGAUAUUGUCCCGAGUUCAAAUUCUUGGCCAUGCUUGCAAAUAGCUAACUGAUUGCCUGCUGCUAGUUGUUUUUUUCCUGUUAUGUUCUAUUUGCAUCUUUGUAUCUAAUUAUUUAAGUGGAGUGCCUGUAAUCUUGCUGGACAAGCUAGUGCACUUCCACUACAAGCAAACCUUUAUCAUUUUUUUAAAACGUUUUUUCAAGUUUUUUAAAAGAGGAGUUGCUGACCGUAGUUCUGUUUCAUGUUGAUACCUUAAUUCUUUAGGGGCGAAUGGCUAAACUCACUCUUAGAACAGUGAAAGAGAAAACCUGUGAAGACAAGGAAAAUAAGUAUAACAAGGAAGAGACUGUUCUGUCACCAACUCACAAAGUACAGACAGACAGUGUUAAGAGUCCUAUUACACCAUCGGGGAAUUUUAAGAACCUCAAACAACAAAAGCUCAAUUUUGUUGAAUGUGGAAUUAAGGCAGAGGCAAGUCCUCCAACAGUAACUGAAACAAUGACACCUCCACCAACAAAGAGAAGAAGACGAAGUAAUGUUGAAACGUAAGUUGCCAAUAGAUAUUUUGGCCUUUCCUAUGAGUGACGGGUAUUUUUACUGAUUGUGAUUUCUGUAUAAUACAGAUGUGUAACAAUGUUAUAAUGAUAGUGUUUUGAUAAUAUGAUAUGAUAAUAUUAGAUAAAACAAGUUUUUGCUGUAGAAAGUUUUCAUGUCAAAAGGCCACAAAUCACGACUUUGACCAACAUGAGCAAGUUUAUUGGUGGAACUGCUUGCUCCCUCCCAAUUUUACGACUGUCUGGGUUUAGUUCUCGGACUUAAUAAAAUAACAUGGGUUGAGUUUUGUUUUUUUCAUUUCUCUGCUCUCAGAAUUUUUUCUGAACUAGAUUUAUUUUUCAUGAAUAAUAAUUGAGGCUGAAACCAUUUUUAGCUGAAUUUUAUUUCAAACUUCCAAAAUAUUUCUUGGUACACUCCUUUUGGUAACAGCAAGUUAAUGUUAGUCUCUGCAAUGUGAGUGAUAUUGUCACACAAAAUUAUUUUCUUUAAGUCCAGCACAGGGUCAGAGGCAACGUACAGUUAGUAGUAGAGAUCAAAGUCCCAGGAGCAAUGCCGCAAAAAGCCCUGUUUUACCAACCCCGCCCACUACCCCAUCGGCUGUGAACUCAAGUGAAGGUAAGUAACCACUAAGCUAGUACAGAUUCUUCUACAAUACUAUUCUCUCUUUUAUCUUUCAAAUGUUUCAUUUGUUGUUUCUUCUCCUUGGAAAAUCACUUCAAUUGAAUUGUUAAGAGUGAAGGAAUGAUCAACAGAGCUGGAUUGAUAAAGAUUAAUAAAUAACUUUAAAUUGAUAAUUGACCCCAUUCAGGAUUUUGUUGAUGCCAAUCAAAAAGCAUUUUGUCAGGAUUUUUGAACAGUCAUGUACUUAGAAGUGGGUUUAAUCCUUGGAAAAAGCCCCCAAGUGACUUCUAUUCAACUUUUGAGUUGUGGAGUAUAAUUUGCUAGCUUGUGAAAGAGAAGGAGAAUUUGAUUAAGGAGAUCAUAAGUCACUUGUAAGACUAGCAUUUUAUAUUACAUUGGUCUGUAGGAAAGUAGUUGUCAUGAAUGUUGAAAUCAUCAUUUUGUUUGUUUGUAGUGCCAUCUGGUCGGUGGGGUCACGACAUGUGUUUAACUGACAAGAGCAAAGCAGUUUUGAUUGGUGGGCAGGGAAGAAAGCUUCAAAUGGCUAAAGACUCUGUGUGGACAUUGGAUUUUGCAAAUGGUGAGUUAAUGAUGUUAACUUCACUGGGCAACAACUCUAGUUGGUACACUAGUGUGCAGAUAAAAGACACAGUACAGCGGUAUUUCAUCCUGAGCUUGCAACUACCAGGAUUACACUUCUGUCUGGACCAGAUCUUGGCAAGUGCCUCUACAACAUCAUUGCCUUGGCUCCCCAGAAAAUCUGAAAAAAUAGAUGAUGAAUCAGUGUAUCAUGUUGAGUAGAUUUGAAUAUUACCUAGUAGUGUAUGAAUUUGUUCAAAAGUACUCAUUAAAAAUCUUGAGCUGCAUUUUAAGUAACAAUGUGCCGUUAUGUGUACAUAUUUCUAUAAAUAAUCAGUGGAUUGUAUGGUAUGUGCAAUUAAACCCCUUAAUUCAGGUCAGUAAUUUAUACUGGCUAAGGAAACUGAAGAUUAAAAGUAAGCUUUAUCAUCAGGUUCAAGUACUAGUCUCAAUAAUUUUUGCUUUCUUCUUGAAUCAGUAACAAUUUUUUUUAAACAAAUGUUUAAUACAGGUUAUGGGAUGUGGCAUCAAGAGAAUUGUGAGGGAGGUGGAGCAGACAGACGAAUUGGACACACUAUGACUUUUGAUCCUGAAAAGAAGGUUAUUUAUGUGUAUGGUGGAUCAAAAAACAAGAGAUGGUUCAGUGACAUAAAUAUUCUGGAUCUUCAAACAAAUACCUGGUCUGCUGUCAAGGUUUGUGCUAAUUAUACAAAAGACAAAUCUGGAUUGGACUGGAUUGGAUCAUACCCUGUAACCCCAUCUUAACUGUUUGUCAGCUAGGCUGGGUUGAUCCAAUCUGGUCCAAUCCAGGUUUUGUUGAUGUUUUAUGAUGUCUGUUUUCUUUCUGGUAUAUAUGUGCCCAGGUUCUAGGACUAGCCCUCAUUACCCACAGGUUAUUCCCCAGCCCCUAAGUGUGAUGUUAUGUAGGACGACUCACAACAAUGAUUUUUAGCACCACAGCUCUGCAAUGUUGGAACAAUGUUGUACCCAUUCGAAACAAUGUUGCCAUGCUAGCUAUGUUGCACUAAAAAUUGUCCUUGUGAAAGCGUCUUGUGUAACAUUACUUUAAUGCUGAUCUAGCUGUUGUUUGAUUAUCAGAAGUAUGCAUUGUUUAACAAACAGGUUGUACAUAUUGUAAUUUACAGUCUAUUUUUAGGGUUUUUUUUGGAGUGGACAAAAUUCCAUGGUAUGAUCACCAUUUUAACCUCCUCAGCAGUCCUUUUAUGUUGAAUUAUUUUUCCCCCAUGUUUAUCAAAAGCAACUUGUUAUAGCCUUUGUAGCUGACGUUUGUUUUGUUAGUGUUCUUGUUUUUCCCUCCACUGUCCCCACAGUUUUGCCACUCAUUUUUGCUCCAUCAUUGCACCUUCUGAACAAAACUGCCUGCUAUGCAGGAGCUAGGAAUUUGCUGUUGCCUUAAUUUUUUAAUUUGGACACUGAUUCUAUUUUCAUUGAUAGAAAAAAGGCCUUAGGUUUAGCUCAGUCCCUGAAUUAUCCAUCAUUUUACCCAUGAUUUACUCUUUUGCCACAGAGCUGGCAUUUUUGAAGCCAUCACAGGUUGUUAAACAUUAUGAAUGUUGGGAGAGGGCCACAGCAAGGGGGAAGGAACCAUGGAGGGGGAAGGAGCUGGCCAGCAGAGAUGAAGCCGUGCCUCAUGUUAGAUUUUCUUUUCCAGGCUAUAGGUAAUGCACCAACCAGAGCAUAUCACAGUUGUAAUCUCUUUCAUGGAGAGCUUCUUGUAUUUGGUGGUGUGUAUCCUAACCCAGACCCACAGCCAGACAGCUGUAGUAAUGAGCUCUAUAUCUUUGACACUAAUGCAAACAAUUGGUACAAGCCACUUACCACACGUGACCCACCCAGCCCAAAAUCAGGGUGAGUUUACAGCAUACCCAGAUUGUCUCAAACCUUAGUUUACAACUGAUGCAGGUGAUGCCAUGUGCCAUAGGAUAUCCAUUCAGUCGGGAGUCGACAAAUUUAAUUAUUUUAGACUUGAAGUUGUGUUAUUUUUUAAAUUUUUCUUAAUUCAUAAUUUUUGUUGAAUCUUUAAUACCAAGGUGUGUCAGUAGAAAUCUGGCAUGUUCCAGGCUCUCUGUUGACAUUUCAAUCCACUAAUUUCCCCACCAUCUUGGAGUCUUGGACCUGACUAUCAGAAAGCAAGCUAAAUCUUGUCACUCAAAAGGAUUUUAAAAGCUCUAUAAAUAGCCCUGUCAAGUCCUACAAAUAAAGCAGUCAGCUGCUUUCAGCAACAAAUUUGGUGUGCAAUAAAUUUUUUUUAUUGAUUUAAUUUGGUAAGAUUUGUACCUUCACUGAUCUCAAGAAUGGUCUGGAAUCGAUUAUCAGGUUUUUUUUGCAUUAAAAAAUUCAGCUGUUGGUAAUCUUCUUCUUUGUCCAGACAUUCAGCAUCCCUGCUGGGAAACAGAUUAGUUUUAUUUGGAGGCUGGGAUUUUCCACAGUGUUUCAAUGACGUGUCUAUCAUAGACUUGGGUAAGUUGAUUUCAUCACUUCUAAGUUCUUGCUGAAAUGUGAAAUUUAUUUCUUCUGAUGGUCAUUAAAAAAUUUUUAAGGUGACUUGAUUCAAUGUCUUGAUGUUUCCUUUUGGUUUAGAUUCUUAAAUAAUAAUGAUGUUAUAAACUUUGAAUCAUGUUACUUUUAUUUUUUCUCGUAUAUUUUUUUCUGGUUGCAAAUUGUCUGAGUUGUAUAAUUAUCAUUACUCUCACAAACACCAGCAAAGUCAUCAUCAUUAUCAUCAUCCAUAUCUGUGUCAUCAUCAGUUGUGAUUAUUAUAAUAUCAGUGUUGUUAUGAUCAUUAUCAUCCAAUCAGUAGUUUCAAGAAGCAACUUAUUGUAUUUUGUUGCUGGAGAAUUUAUCAUAAUUUUUAAUAAAACCAAUGAGCAGACACACAAGAGAUGUGUUAUAUUUUUGAAAUCUGGCUGUCUGUAACAUAGCUAUUCCAGUUUAUUCUGUGGAUGCAAACAUGAGAAAAAGAGCCAAUGCAUCAAAGAUGUAUGAAAUUGAAUGCAGUAAUUAACUAGCUAGGAAAGUGCUCGGCAUUGAUUCAGACUAUUAUAAUUUUACAUCUGUGUCUUUUACAGCUAUUAUGGAAUUUUCAAGCCCCACCAUGACUGGUUCAUUACCAUCUCCCCGUAGCUGGCAUGCAUCUGCUGUUCUUCCAAGGCAAAGGAUAUUUAUUCAUGGGGGAUAUGAUGGAAAUCAGACUUUAUCAGACUCUUUUGUGUUUGAUCUUGGUGAGUUCACCUGCUGAAACAAAGAUGUGGUACAGUGAAUAAAUUAUUGUUUAUUGUUUUGAAAUUUUUUGCUCUCACAGGAACCUUUACCUGGAUUACAGUUCAAACAAGUGUCUCCCUAACGGCCAGAGCAGGACAUGUGGCUCUUUGUUUGGCAGAACAGAGUGAACAUGAAGGAAAAGAAGAGAUUGCUGUGUUUGGUGGUGGGGAUAAUAACGGGGGCUAUUUCAAUGAUCUGGUUGUUUUUUCCCCUUCACAUCAUUAAUAUUAAAGAAUAUUUUGUAAAAUAAUGUUCUUAGCAAUAUUUUUAACAAUUUUUUUUGUCCAGCGGAUUAUCCGGCGAUAUGAAUUGACCACUCCAGAAA